CAGCGUACGGCUUUAAAGGAUUUGCCUGAUAGUCUGCCGUGCCGUGCCGUGUGUGAGAGAGUUGAGAUACAUCAACAAGACAUACGCACACAUUGCUGUUCUCUAAUAGGGAGAUUGACAUUAACUCGCGCGGAAUCAAGACUCCAGGGACAUCACACAGCUAUUUUAUACAGUGUUGUCCAUCGGGAAUCUGGUGUAUUUUCCCAGCAAUUUUCCAUCAGGUGUCUGAAGGAUUAUUCACACACUAUCAGCUGGGUUCAUGAAACUUUGCUACGAUUUACGAGCGAGGGCUGCCAUACACAAUGUUAAGGUAAAGCCUAAAGCAGCUGUGUUGAACAUGCUAAAGCGGCUGGACAAAAUAAGAUUCCGCGGUCCAAAGCGUGAUGACUUCCUGGAUCUACCCGAGUCCCCCACAGGGUCAGACACUGAGUGUUGUGAUGACAUACUGCUGAGACCUCGACUUUCAAUACGAGACAGUGAUGAGCAAAGAGACUCUGCUGGUUCAGGGACUCUGGCUGUCAUGCAAGACCUGAGGAGCGAAUCAGAACGUCUUAAUGAGGUCAAGGGUCAUUUGGAAAUUGCCUUACUGGAGAAGCACUUCCUCCAGGAGGAAUUGCGGAAGCUACGGGAAGAAACAAAUGUGGAGACCAUUAGGCAGGAACUGGAAAGAGAACGCAGCAGAAGACUUGACCUAGAACAGAAGAUAAACGAAGUUCUGAAGUCCAGGUGUGAAGAUUCUCCACCUCAACCUGCACGCAAACAGCAGGCACCCGCAGCCAAUGGCACAGACAAACAACAGAAAGAGACGAUGUGCUUCCGGGUGCAGAACUGGCUCUAUGAUCGGUUCGGGGUUUAUAUUGAGGACUUCCGCUUCCAGCCUGAGGAGAAUACGGUUGAGGCUGAGGAGCCUCUAAGUGCUAAAAGAUUAACAGAAAAUAUGCGACGACUGAAACGUGGUGCCAGACCUGUGACAAAUUUCUUAAGGAAUCUUUCCGCCUUAUCUAACUGGCACUCGGUGUAUACGUCAGCAAUUGCCUUCAUUAUCUAUAUGAAUGCAGCGUGGCAUGGCUGGGCCAUUCCUUUGUUUUUAUUUUUAGCCAUUCUGAGGUUGUCAUUGAAUUUUCUCAUCGCCAGAGGGUGGAGAAUUCAGUGGAGUAUUGUGCCUGAAGUUUCAGAACCUGUGGAACCUCCUAAAGAAGACUUGACUGUGUCUGAAAAGUUUCAGUUAGUUCUUGAUGUUGCACAAAAAGCGCAGAAUCUCUUUGGAAAGAUGUCCGAUGUUUUAGAGAAAAUCAAAAAUUUGUUCAUGUGGGUUCAGCCUGAGAUUACUCAGAAGUUGUACAUCGCGCUCUGGGUGGCCUUCAUCUCCUCCUGCGUCCUGCCCUACAAGCUAAUGGGCUUUAUGAUUGGGCUUUACGCAGGCAUCAAAUUCUUUAUCAUAGACUUUCUGUUUAAGAGCUGUCCGAAACUAAGAGAUAAAUAUGACACGCCGUACAUCAUGUGGAACAGCCUGCCCACCGACCCACAGCUAAAAGAACGGAACAAUGCUACUGUGUCACGACGGCUGUCUGGGUGUGAGAAGAUACAGCCAGUUGUAUCACGGAGCAGUUUAGCCACCGUCCCAGCUGGAGUGACCAGAGAAGAGGAAAGCAGCCGUUCACACAACACAAAGAAAGGAGCAUUUCACGAGAUCUUUAACCUGCCGGAGAGCGAGAGACCUCUACCUGUAUGUGAGAAUGGAUGGAGAUGCUGUCUGAUAAACAGAGACAGGAAGAUGCCAACUGACUACAUUCGCAACGGGAUGCUCUACGUCACUGAGAACUACCUGUGUUUUGAGAGCUCCAGCUCGAGAUCAGGUUCUUCAAAGAAAAACAAAGUCAUCAAACUGGUGGACAUCACAGAUAUUCAAAAGUACAAGGUUUUAUCAGUUUUGCCUGGAUCUGGAAUGGGCAUCUCUAUCGCCACGCCAUCAACACAAAAGCCACUAGUCUUUGGUGCCAUGAUUCACAGAGACGAGGCCUUUGAAACGAUUUUUACCCAGUACAUGAAGAUCAUGACCACAGCCAAUCCUGAGACGUAAAUCACGUGUGGAGGACGUUUCAUUUGGACGGGACCAAUAUCUGACAGGCAGGAGCUCGAGUAAGAGCAUACAGUACAUUCCUGUGACAUGGACACUUCCUCCUGAAGGGAUGUGGCCAGCUUCGCAUCAUGUGACUGUCACAGUUUUUGGCUUGAGCGCACUGAAUAGUUUACAGACUUUGCGUUAUGUACUUUCUCCCUGUGAUUCCUGUUUUCACACCAUCGUUUUAUCCUGGUAGAUGUUACAGGAGUGUUUUGUUAAGGAAAUUUAAGAUGCUUGUACUGUACAGGACAGUCCGUGACAUUUCAAAAACACUUUUUAAAGCAGUAUUUCCGUCUAGUUUUUUAGAUAAAUAUCUAAACAUCUUUAAAGUAUGAUUAUUUUACUUGAGAAGCAAACUUGUAUCUUGAAUGACAUUUAUUAUUCUUACCUUAUACAUUUUCAAGUUAUUGAGUUAUUGCUUAAAACAAGUAAAAAAAACAGAUUUUCAAGAUAUAUUGAUUAUAAAAUGUAAUGUUUUACCCAUUUUUGCUUAUCAAGUAAAUAUCUUAUUUUAACAAUCAAAAUAUUUAGAGAUAUUUAGAUAUUUUUUCAGGAAUUUUUUUUUUUUUGCAGUAAAUGCAUCAAAGUGUUCAAUUACAGUGGUUUGCAGUAACAAAGUCUUUAUGACCUGAGAUUUAUGUAUUAAGGAAAGAAGAAGGCAGCCUGUGUGUAAAGAAAACACAACUGUCAACAUACAUAAAUGUAUAACUUAAGAUCAAAGCAUCUGGUAAAUGUGAUUUUCAUCAUUGAUUUGUUCUUUUGUGACCAAAUUUUGUAUGUUUGACUAUGUGACUAUAAAUUACAUUUGAGAGCUUCGACAGAGAAACAUCUGGGAAAGAUGUUUUGUGAUAAAAAUUGUCAUUUGUGAUGUACUGUAAGCGACAGUUGGCAGUGCAAUGUGAGCCCAGUUACUGUAAGUCAGUAACUAAAGUAAUUUUAGCAUAUUAACAGGGAUUUGCAGAAGCUACCUGAAGAGAAGGUAAUGUUUCAGCAAUCAUUUUUACUAUUUUAUGUUGGUAAAACUUCUAAAAAGGUAUACAUUUGUUAAAAUUAGUUAAUGUAUUAGCUAACAUAAACUGACAAUCAGGCCAAGCAAUAUAACUUCCCAGUAUCAGGAGAGAGAUCACAUGACCUUCACUGUUUGCACUCUCAUUGGUCACCAUAAUGUUUUGUACUCAUUUGUGCAAGUUCAACUUAAGUUGAGUUUAUAUAUGGUCGCUUUUUUGCUGCAAAUCACUGUAAAUCUCUUAUAAGACUGACAAAGAAAAGCCUUUUUACAUGUGUUUACGUUGUUGCUGUAUGUCCACAAAACACACAAACUUAGAUAAUCUCAUCUUUCCAAGUGUGCUUCAUGUGGUUUUGAACAGAAUAUUUUUUUCCCAAGUUUUGUUCUAUGGGAAAGUGAAGUUUCAAACAGUGGUGACUUCUCUUCCGAGGGGAAGAGAAUUUAAAAUAUGUGUUCUUUGCGUUAUGUGAACCAUGUGCAUCAUGCGUCUUGUCAAAAUACAUGCCUGUUGCACAUGCGUCGAAACAAAAAGUUGGCAAAUGUUGGCAAAAUACUCACAAGACACCAAUUUAGUAAACUCUGACUAGACUUGAGAUUAACUCUUUCACUGCCAUUGACGAGAUAUCUCGUCAAUUAAGAGAAAAUGCUUCCCCGCCAAUGACGAGAUUUUCCGUCUUUCCGCAAUACCGUUUAUACUAUUAUCCACCAGGUGGCGCAAUUCCGCAACUUAUACUUAAAGAUCACUCUGCAUCUGAUCUCUAUCAAAAGUCCUUCGCAAAAAUGGAAUCUCAGCUUUUUGCUCAAUAUUGGGUGUUUUUGAAGAAACCUACCCAUGUUUGAGAGGUGAUUACAAGAGAACUAAUGAAGGUAGGAUGAAACGUUUUUUUGUUUGAAAGCAGAGGGUCUGUUCUUUCAUCUGAUAUAUUGUUUUUUAUAUAUUUAAAGAAGAACAUUUUCUGGAAGGCAUUAAACUUUUGUGAAAAUCAUGAAAAAUGCUGGCACUGGCUGGCAACUUUUUUUUUAAAUGCUGGCGGGGAAAGAGUUAAGCGAGUGUCUGGAAAUGCAAGCGUCACUUUUAUCAUAAACCCUCCAGAUGCGUGUGCGGCAUGCACUUUUUUUGACAAGAAGCAUGAUGCAAUUGGUUCACAUGACGUGGCAAACACAAAUUUUGAAUUGAGGAACCACACACAAGAAGGGCUACAUAUAUGUUGUGACGAGCUUCGCAAGUCACCGACCACCACUGGUGGUUUUAAAUGGUUUAAAAUACCUUUCCUAACUAAGUCGUGGCAGCCAACUGAGUUGUGUAAUUCAAAUAAUCUGAUUUAAAAACACUGUUUAGAUAUAAAGGUGUAAACCACAGAGCAUUUUUACCAGGUAUUUUAUCAAUAAAUAAUCAGAUACAUUUACAUGCAGGCAGUAUAUCAGACAAUUGAGUCAUAUGGUAAACUUAAACCGUAUGUGGCAAUGCUUAUGCCACUUUAAACUACAAUAAGCUACAGUCAGUUAACAAGUUAACAGUAUAAAAUACGGCAGUAUAAACUUUUUUUUGAAAACCAUCUUUGGGUGAAUCUUACAAAGAAAUGUUGGUAACUCUUUACAAUAAGGUUGAAUUGGUUAACAUUAGUUAAUGCAUUAGCUAACAAGACAUACUAGCAUGUUCAUUUACUAAUACAUUUUUCAAAUCAAAAGUUGUAGUUUUUAGUAAUGCACCAUGAACUAACAUGAACAUUAACAAAGGUUAUUAAAUGAGCUUACUAAUUUUUUAGUUGAUGUUAGCUUAUGCAUUUACUGUGUUAACAAAUACAAACUUAUAGUUAAGUGUGACUGAAAUGUCUUUAUACAAAUGUAUUUUAAUCAUCAGUGGCACUGUAGCACUAAUAGCCUUGAGUUAUAAAUGGUUUAGACUGGAAAAUUUAAGAUCUCUGCUCUUUGGGUAUAGAGGACUACACUUUGUAAUGAUGCAAUUUAGCAUAAUUAAAGUAGAUAAACUAAUCUGAAACAUUCCAAAGAUAAUCGUUUCAUGGAAAAAAAAUGCGUUUUGACUUCCAUACAACUGUUAGAAACUGUUGUCUGUAUUUUACAGUACCAAACGUCCUUAUGAGCUUUGGAGGUGACCCUGUAUAGAUAUUGCUAAGUGAGCUGCUGCGCUCUAGGAUUGCACUAAUGAAGCACCGAAUGUAUCAGAACCUGUAGUUUUGCCAAAUGUUGUUUCUUUAUAAUCAUUUUCUUCUUUAAUGUUGUCUCAAGCUGUGAUGUUUACAUAAAGGCUGGGUCUAUUAAGCCAGUUGGAUCCCUGCUAAACCUCCCGGCCCAGGGGUGUGAAAACUGCAAAUAUAUUUUAAAAGGGUUGCUGUGAAUUUUUGGGGUAAACUCAAAAAUUCCAGUGACUAUUUGCUCACCUGCCUUUAUGGUAUUGGGCACAAGUGCUCUUACAAAGAGCAAAUGCUUUAUGAACUAAUUGAGAGUACACAG